AUGCGAUUCCUUCAAAUAAUAAGUCUAUGCGUUGCGGCUCUCUUGGGUGCUGGGAUGGUGGAUGCAAGACCUCAUUUAUAUGAUCAUCUCGAGAGAAGCGAUAUAUCCCUAGCAUCAGCAUACAUCAACAACCUCCCCGCCGACGAAACGAUCACCAAACGCACCGCGGCCACCACUGAAGAAAACGAUGCAGAACUCCAUCACAGAAUCGAUGUUACGAAUAGAGAAUACCUCGAGAUCAGAACAGAAGCGCAAGUACAACAAAAGCGGCAAAGUCAUUAUAAAUUCAGAAUUGGGAAUGGGCAACCUAUAAGACGGAGGUUGGAGAUGCGGAAAGCAGAUCCGGAAGGGGAGGAGAUGUUGUUGCCUACUGCUGCGUUGCCGAUUUAG